AUGUCCGACGGUUUCUUCGACGGCUAUCCUGAUGUUGACCGUCGUUCAUGUCGGCUCCUCGGUCCCACGGCUCUGAUUACACAGGGCCUCAUGGGCAUACUUGUCAUGUCUUCACUAGUCUACAAGCGGCAUAGAGAAGAACCCAAACGUCCAUGGCGCAUAUGGUUGUUCGAUGUCUCCAAGCAAGUAAUCGGGCAGCUGUUCGUACAUGGCGUCAAUGUCCUUAUAUCCGAUGUGGUUGCCCACGUCUCGUCCGGCAACGCGUGUGUAUUCUACUUCUUGAAUAUCUUGAUUGACACUACCCUCGGUGUCGGCGUGAUCUACUUCGUCCUGCACUUCAUCACCUACUUGUUGACCGAAAAGUGUAAUUUCAAGGGCUUUGAAUCAGGACAAUACGGUUCCCCACCUUCAUUCAUCUACUGGACGCGACAAGCGGCCGUUUAUUUAUUAGCAUUAUUAACCAUGAAGCUAUUGGUUGUCGCUCUUUUUGCUGCUUGGCCUGGCAUCUUCAAAGUGGGCGAAUGGCUGUUGACAUUCCUAGGGCCCAGUGAUGCAGUUCAAGUCAUCUUCACUAUGGGGUUUUUCCCCAUCCUGAUGAACAUCCUUCAGUUCUGGCUGAUAGACUCCAUCGUCAAGGGUUCUCACGCCUCUUCCCUCGCCUUGCCCACCGAUACUCCCCGUGCUUCUCUGGAUCCAGAUAACGAACCUCUCUUCCGCGCUGAUUCUGAUGACGACUCUGACGACGAUAUGAGACACGACAUCGAGAAUCCUCGCACACGUUCUCUUUCCAGGCAUAGAGAUGACGCAUUAGAUCCAGCCACGGCGGAUGAGCCUAAGUCUCUCAGCUCCGAAACAGCUACUAUUGUGGGCUCCGGUUCGAACACCCCGCUGCCGAAGUCGGUUGAGGUUCCAAGCACACCAAUCGCGGUACAUGCGUAUCCUCCCAGUAUCGCAAGCACUAGCUCAACUCCCGCAUCCUCACUUGUUUCUUCUGUUUCCUCCCGCACCAAGAGCAUGUCGCCGAAGUCGAAACCGAAGCGCGUACGACCUAUGCCUCCUCCCACAUUGCCAUUGCAAGCGCUACCCUCUGAGCCACAGGCGAUCGGCGACGUUCUACGUGACUCUUCCGUUCCUCUAUCUGGCAAACCUAGUCCGGGUCUCGCCUUGCGCGAUGAGGAGAUUCCUAAUGAGAAGGAUUGGGCGGCGUGGGAAGAGAACGGGGAGGAUGAUUGGGUGGAGAGGGGGCCCGAGGAGGAUUGGACAGGGAGAGAGGCGAAACGAGACGCAGUCAACGAUGCGUGGACCAGGGCGUACGGUGCAGUUGGUACAGAAUCGUAG